AUGAAGUUGAGCAUCACCUGUUUCGCCCAGCUGACAUCGCUUGUUUACGCAAGCAUUGUCGAUCGUCAGCUGUUAGCAUAUGCUCCGGUACCAAGCAGCGCUUACACUGCCCCCGUCCCCACGGGCAUCACGACGCUCUUGAAUUUUAUCCACACUAGACCGGAGCUCUCGAAUCUUUCGGCUUUGGUGGAAGAUGUUCCCGGAUUCGUGCAAGCUUUCAAUACACCGACAAGCUGGAAGUACACAUUUUUUGCGCCCUCCAAUACAGCAUUCGAUAAGACGGGUCAGUACUUUGAGACCUUUGCAAACACUCCAAAGGGCAAAUGGUGGCUCGGCAACCUACUCCAGCACCAUUAUGUGCCAAACACUGAAUUGAAGUCAUCGGCUUUCAAUUCGACCGCUUUGCGAUUCCAAACGGGAUCAUUUCUCUACAUCGGGGCUCAAGUCGAUGGAGAUCAAUUACGACUGAACAAUGCAUCCACUGUCACUGAAGCCGACAUUCCAGUGACGAAUGGCCUGGUCCACAUAAUUGAUCAUUUUCUGGAUCCUUCAGCGCAGAUCUUUGAGGCAGACCUGCCUCGGGCAUCUCAAUCAUUCAUAGCCGGAAGCUGCUCCAACACGGCUUUGCCGUAUUGCUGA